AUGGCGACUUCAACAUUUCUCUUCCUCUCCCUACUUCUUUGCUCCGCCGCCGUCGACCAUUGCUCUCCUUCCACCGACGACCCCACCCGAAUCUCCGUCAUCCCCAUUUACAGCAAAUGCUCCCCAAUAUCCCCACCGCCGCCUCCAUCUUCCUCCCCCUUCGACACCAUCAACCGCCUCGCCGCCAACGACCACGCCCGCCUCGCCUCGCUCGCCGACGACGACGUCCCCAUCGCCGCCGGCCAGAAACUCUUCAACGUCGGCAACUACGUGGUCCGGGUCAGUCUCGGGAACCCCAACCAGACUUUCGCCAUGGUCCUCGACAUCAGCAACGACGUCACCUUCGUCCCCUGCUCGGGUUGCUCCGGCAACUGCUCCGCCGCCAACCCAACCGCGGCCUUCUUCUCCCCCAACGCCUCCGGCUCUUACUGGUCCGUCGACUGCCCCAGCGACCUCUGCUCCCUCCUCCCCAACGGCGGGCGCACGUGCGCCGCCGGAAAGUGUCGGUACAAGCAGUCGUACGGCGGGGACUCCAGAUUCGCCGCUAAUUUAGGCACCGACUGGCUCGCCAUCGGCGGCCGCUACAUCCCGGGUUUCGCCUUCGGGUGCGUGGGUUCCGUUUCGGGCGGGUCGGUUCCGGCCCAGGGAUUACUGGGCUUCGGACGUGGGCCUCUCUCGUUUUUGGGCCAGACCGAGCCGGCCUAUUCCGGUGUUUUCUCCUACUGCCUGCCGAGCUUCACGUCCUCCAGCUUUUCCGGCUCGCUCAGGCUGGGCCCAAAGGACCAGCCCGGGUUCACCUCGACCACGCCACUUCUCCGGAACCCACGCCGCCCUUCUUUAUACUACGUCAACCUGACCGGGGUCAGCGUGGGCCCGGUCAAGGUGCCGAUCCGGUCGGAUUCGCUGGCGUUCGACCCGAGGAACGGGGCCGGCACGAUUAUCGACUCGGGUACGGUGAUAACCCGGUUCGUGGGCCCGGUUUACGCGGCGAUACGCAAGGCGUUUCGAAAGCAAGUGAAGGGGCCGUUCUCGAGGUUGGGAGCGUUCGACACGUGUUUCCCGGCGAAUGGGCAGGAGGCGGAGGCGCCGUCGUUCGCGUUCCAUUUUGAGGGACUCGACUUGAUGCUGGCGGUCGAAAACACGCUGAUCCACAGCAGUGGCAGGCCGCUGGCCUGCCUGUCGAUGGCGGCGGCGCCGAACAAUGUGAACUCAGUGCUCAAUGUCAUAGCCAAUCUUCAGCAGGAGAACCUCCGAAUCUUGUUCGAUGUAAAAAACUCUGUGGUUGGAUUUGCCGGCGAAGUCUGUAACUAG